GUUGAACGAAGCAGUAAAUUGUAUUUCGAUAUCUAAACUUGCAAUGACCGGUCGAGGCAACCGAAGACACCAUUUUGGUAAACCAGGUGGACGCCGUGGUAAAGAUAAUGAAUCUGUUGGCAGUAGUGCUUUGGUGGAUGAGAAUAAUCUUAUCAUUCAGUGCUUCCGAGGGUACGCCAGCGAAUUAGACGCGAAGCACGAUAGAUAUGAGCGAAUCGUAAAAUGCAGUCGAGAUAUCACGAUUGAGUCGAAGCGCAUAAUAUUUUUGCUGCACACCAUCGAUCCUAGGAAAAAUAAUCAGCAAAAAGUUUGCGAUGAAGCAAAGGUCAGGCUCGAAAAUAUUUUUGGAAACCAUUUCGCGGUCAUAGCCAAGGAGCUUCAAGGCCAAGACCCAUAUCAAUACGCACGUGCCUAUACAAAUGGCAUGCAAGAAUUCAUCGAAGCAUUCACCUUCUACGAGUAUUCUAGCGGCCAAGAUAUUUCACAUUGGGAAGAUAUACAGAAGAAGCUGGAGUAUACAAAAAUCAAACCAAUAUCUUCAAAAAAUACCGAAAAUGAGGAACCCCGUGAUUGUAAUAUUGGAUCAGAGGCAUUGGAGCACGAAGACAAGAAUCCAGUAGAAGAAACGUUCACGUGUAAGCUGCAGCCGCUUGAUUUUACCCUUGGUUUGGGAGAUCUCAGUGGAGAGAUUAUGAGAAAAUGCAUCAAUUCGUUAGGAUCGGGAAAUGCUGAGAGCUGUUUUGAACAUUGUCGAUUUUUGCAAGAAUUGUACGCUGGGUUUCUUAGCGUGAUUUCUCCUCGAAGUCGAGACUUUUCCCAUAAGAUGAUAACACUCAAACAAAGCCUACUGAAAAGUGAAAAUGUGUGCUACAAUGUAACUGUGCGAGGUGGUGAAGCUGCAAAAUGGGGAACAACAGACGACUCAUCCGCUACACAGCUGCAAUUCCAUGCUUCAAAGGAGGACGACGAUGAAGGCGUAUUUUUUUAAACGCAUCGUUCAAGGAGGAUCAUAAGGGAAAUGCAACACAACGCGCGUCUUAUUGUCAUACCUUCAAUCGAUAAUGUGAAUUAUUUUAAACGUCGAUUUUUCAUAAUGAAUAAAUUUGUCAUAAUGAAUUCAACUUCGA